AUGAAGCUGCACGAAGCAAACGGAUUAUACUGUACCAGCUGUGUUCUUUCAGAUGUAGAAUCGACGAAACGUCGUGUGAGGACUACUUUUACUGAAGAACAGUGCACAACCCUUGAAAAAAAAUUUCAUGAAACUCAUUAUCCAGACCAGUCGUCUAAAAAGCGACUUGCCCUUUACUUGAAUAUUCCAGAAGAUCGAAUCAUGGUAUGGUUCCAGAAUCGUCGUGCCAAAUGGAGAAAACAAGCUCAAGAAAGGCAGAAGCGCUACUUAAACAAACAAAAUGAAAGGAUUGAAAAACACUCAAUAGUUUACGAGGAUACAAGAAAUGAGUAUGUGAUACAGGACGCAGUAAUGAGACAGGUCAGUAAUCGAUUUGGUUACAAUGAGUGCAUCGGACAGGAGCAGAAUCUUCCAGCAAAUUAUCCAACUCAAAGUGUUUUUACAUUAGCAAAUGCAUGGCGAGCAGGGAUCAACAAUAAAUUGCUUUUUAUUCACUAA